GAGGUCCACAGCCGCAGACGAGUCCUCGGGCGUUAUUUGCAUAGAGGUGGGGCCUCAGGAGCGGAGCCAACCCUUCCCCGAGCGCGCCUCAUUUGCAUCGAGUCCCCCACCCCCCGCAGUGGAGCGGACACCGCUUCCUCUCCCCGCCAGCUUCCUCGCUGUCCUUCCGCCUUCUUUCCGGACCUCGGCUCCCUCGCUUCUGCGGCCUUCCGUGCCUCCUGAGUUCCGUAUCCAGAUGCUGCCCAAGCGGCGGCGAGUGCGGCCUGAGUCCCCACACCGCGCUGGUGCUUCCUCCGCGCCGCCGCCGGUGCGCUUCCCGGGCGUGGCCAUCUACCUGGCCGAGCCGCGCAUGGGCCGCAGCCGCCGGGCCUUCCUCGCGCGUCUGGCGCGGUCCAAAGGCUUCCGCAUCCUAGAUACCUACAGCUCGGAGGUGACACAUGUGGUGAUGGAGCAGACCUCAGCCGAGGAGGCCAUCUGCUGGCAGAAGAACAUGGAUGCUCUUCUCCCAGGCCGCCCCCAGCCAGUUCUGCUGGACAUCAGCUGGUUUACAGAGAGCAUGGCGGCAGGGCAACCUGUCCCUGAGGAGGUCCGGCACCACCUGGAGGUACCUGAACCCAGGAAGGAGCCCCCAAGCUCAGUGACGAUGCCAACUUACGCCUGUCAGCGUCCCACACCUCUCACACACCAUAACACUACCCUCUCAGAGGCUCUGGAGACCCUGGCAGAGGCAGCAGGUUUUGAAGGCAACCAGGGCCGUCUUCUCUCCUUCUCCAGAGCCGCCUCGGUGCUCAAGUCUCUUCCUUGCCCUGUCACAUCCCCGAGCCAGCUGCAGGGGCUGCCCCUCUUUGGAGAACACUCCUCUAGAGUAAUCCAGGAGCUGCUGGAACAUGGAACAUGUGAGGAGGUGGAACAAGUCCGCAGCUCAGAAAGGCACCAGACCAUGAAGCUCUUCACCCAAAUCUUUGGGGUUGGUGUGAAGACUGCCAACCGGUGGUACCAGGAAGGCCUGCGAACCCUGGAUGAGCUCAGAGGGCAGCCCCAGAGACUGACCCAGCAGCAGAAAGCAGGGCUCCAGUACUACGAGGACCUGAGCACCCCAGUUGGGCGAGCUGACGCAGAGGCCCUGCAGCAGUUGGUGGAGGCCGCUGUGAGACAGACCCUGCCUGGAGCCACCGUCACGCUGACCGGCGGUUUCCGGAGGGGGAAGUCAGAAGGUCAUGAUGUGGACUUCCUUAUCACUCACCCUGAGGAGGGCCAAGAAGUGGGGCUGCUGCCCCGAGUGAUGAGCCAACUGCAGAGGCAGGGACUUGUCCUCUAUCACCAAUAUCAUCGCAGCCACUUAGACUCUGGCCGCCUCCUGCGGCAGAACUACACCAUGGACGCCUUCGAGAGGAGCUUCUGCAUCUUGUGCUUGCCCCAGCCCCCGCGUGCAGCUUUAGUCGGGGGGCUGCAGCCCUGUCCAGCCCGGAGAGCCGUGAGGGUCGAUCUUGUGGUCACCCCCAACAGUCAGUUCCCCUUCGCUCUUCUUGGCUGGACUGGCUCCCAGCUUUUUGAACGGGAGCUACGACGUUUCAGCCGGCAAGAGAAGGGGCUGUGGCUGAACAGCCAUGGGCUGUUUGAUCCCGAGCGGAAGACAUUUUUCCAUGCAACUUCUGAGGAAGACAUUUUCAGACUCCUGGGCCUCAAGUACCUUCCUCCAGAGCAGAGAAACGCCUGAUCCUGCCUGCUGGCCACCACACCCACGCACAAAAAAUGAGGGGUCGCCUCACGUUUGACCAGGAUGUUUGUGGACAGAAGGUGCACUGCCACCCCAUGGCCUCACCUGUGCAAAUGGAGUUUUCAGCAGCAGCAGCGGGGACAUUGGCAAGGGGUGACCCUGAGUCAGCUUACAACCGCCACACUCCCCAGGGUUGGGGGCUCUGAGCAGUUCAUAGAUCAUGGAACUAUGGCCGUCUGAAGUCUUGGUUCUGGUCCUGGUGUGAGCAUUUGGUCUGUCCAGCUGCUGUCUGCUGGAUACCCUAUUCAUUGUGCUGGAAAAGGGACCCGUGUGCCUGCCCUGUGCUUGAGCUGAUAUGGGAAGUAUAAUUCUGGUGAUGCACAAGAAACCUGAGUGAGGGCUGUGCAGAAUCUGGAGAAGGAAGUGGCCCAAGACAGCACCCUGGGGCUGCCGGGCGCCACCACCCACAGCGGGGCCCCAGACUUCAUAAGUGGCACAGCCCCAGAGUCCUCUUCCACUCGUAGCUGUUGCCCCCUUCACACUCCAGCCUGGGCUGAGCCUAGCCUGCCUACCCACAGUCCCCUGUGCAUCCCCAGCCCCACAGUGAAUCCCGGGACAGAGGCUGUGCAGCUCAGCCUGGCAGCAAUACUGAAAACCGGCAAGAUCAGUGGGCCGCAGCCAAGUGCCCUUGCUGUCUUGAGUUGUGAGGUGCAGGCUCCCCGGUCCUGUCUCUCAAAACCAGUCGCUCUGCCACUUCCAACAGCCCCUGCAGCAGUUCCAAACCUGCAGUCCUCAGGCGGGUCCGUGGCUCUGGCAUUUCUGUCACCUCUUCCAGUCUCAGCUGUAUCCCUCUAGUUAAGCCCCGCCCCCUUCCCGGUUCACUUCCUGUCCCUGUUUGCAGACCCUCUGUGACCAACUCCUUCACCUACUUGAGGCAGAACCACUGACGUGGACUCGGCACAAUGUCCUCCAUUUCCUUCACACCCCCGGCACCCUCUGACUCAGAAGGCCCUUGCCCUUGCCUACUGUCCACCGCCUACUGUCCACCCAGUUGCCCACUCUCCCUGACAGAGGAGAGCCUCCCAGACCAAUCGCCACAUUGUAAGUAUUUAUUUUAAAUAUCGACAUUCAAUAAAGUGAAUUCUUUUUUUUUUAAAUCUA